GUCUAACAGGAUUAAAAAAUAUUGGAAACACGUGUUACAUGAAUGCAGCUUUACAAGCUCUUUCCAACUGCCCACCAUUGACGCACUUCUUCCUUGACUGUGGAGGCUUGGCCCGAACAGAUAAGAAACCAGCAAUUUGUAAAAGUUACCUCAAGCUGAUGACAGAACUCUGGCACAAAAGCAGACCUGGUUCUGUGGUUCCUACUGGUUUAUUUCAAGGAAUUAAAACUGUUAAUCCAACAUUUCGAGGCUACUCUCAACAGGAUGCACAAGAAUUUUUGCGCUGUCUGAUGGAUUUGCUUCACGAAGAACUUAAAGAACCAGUUGUAGAACUGGAAGAUGCCCAACCUAUGAGUGUUGAAGAGAGUAUGGAAGAAGACAAGAGCCAGUCGGAUGUAGGCUUUCAGCCCUGUGACACCUGUGGUACCUGUGAUAAAACAGAAAAUGACAAUAUUUUCAAACCUGUGUUAGAGGAUCCUGCAGAGACAGCCAUGUUAAUUCAGGAUGAUGACAACAACUCAAUCACAUCCAAAGACUGGCAGAAAGAAAAAAUAUCAAGCAACAAGCUUAAACGAGCAAAUUCUAUGGAAGACCUGGAAAAAGACACAAACACUGCAUCAGAGACCACUGAAUUUUUAAAUAAUCAAGGAACUGUCAAAGUACAGAUACACAGCAGAUUCUCCGAUUACAUCAAUGAUGUCCACAUGAAUGAUAUAUCUGCAGCCCAAACCCCAUUAUCAAACGAAGGGAUGAACACACGCUUAUCAAACAGUCCUCCAAAAUCAUUCUCAUCAUGCUCCUCACUGGCAGCAGUCCACAAGAAAGUUUCCGCUGUAUCGUCACCAAAAAGGAAGAAGCGCAAGAAGUAUAGGAGUGUUAUCUCGGAUAUAUUUGAUGGGACUAUAAUAAGCUCGGUACAGUGCUUAACUUGUGAUCGGCUGUCUGUAACCCUGGAGACCUUUCAGGAUCUGUCCUUGCCUAUUCCAGGUAAGGAAGAUCUUGCUAAACUCCAUUCUGCAAGUCAUCAGACAUCUCUAGUCAAGGCAGGGUCAUGUGGAGAAGCAUAUGCCCCUCAGGGAUGGAUAGCCUUUUUUAUGGAGUAUUUCAAAAGCUGGUUUUGGGGUCCAGUUGUAACCUUACAAGAUUGUCUUGCUGCCUUUUUCGCCAGAGAUGAGCUCAAGGGUGAUAACAUGUACAGCUGUGGAAGGUGUAAAAAGUUAAGAAAUGGAGUGAAAUUCUGCAAAGUGCAAAAAUUUCCUGAGAUACUGUGCAUUCAUCUCAAAAGAUUCAGACAUGAACUUAUGUUUUCCACAAAAAUUGGGACCCAUGUGUCCUUUCCCUUGGAAGGCCUUGAUCUUCAGCCCUUCCUUGCAAAGGACAGUCCAGCUCAAAUAGUGACUUAUGAUCUCCUCUCUGUUAUCUGCCAUCAUGGAACCGCCAGCAGUGGACAUUAUAUUGCUUAUUGCCGCAAUAAUUUAAAUAAUCUGUGGUAUGAAUUUGAUGACCAGAGUGUCACAGAAGUAUCAGAAUCUACAGUGCAAAAUGCAGAAGCCUAUGUUCUCUUCUACAGAAAGAGCAGUGAAGAAGCACAGAGAGAGAGACGAAGGAUAUCGGGUCUGCUGAACAUAAUGGAACCAAGUCUUCUGCAGUUCUAUGUUUCCAAGCAGUGGUUAAAUAAAUUCAAGACUUUUGCAGAGCCGGGACCAAUUUCAAAUAAUGACUUUCUCUGUAUGCAUGGAGGUGUUCCUCCACACAAAGCUAACUUCAUAGAGGACUUAGUUGUAAUGCUGCCUCAAAAUAUAUGGGAUAAUCUGUAUAGCCGGUAUGGAGGAGGACCAGCUGUUAACCAUCUGUAUGUUUGUCACACCUGCCAAAUAGAGUCUGAAAGAAUUGAAAAAAGAAGGAAAAAUGAACUGGAAAUGUUUAUUCGGGUAAAAAAGUAA